UACGGUCACACUGCUGGAAAAAGUUUUGCAUUUUGCGUAAAAAAAAAGUUUUUCUACCCAAAUAACAACCAGAAUGUUCGUCGUACGUCGUAGUGCAUCCCGCCUGUACCCCGCUGGAGUCCAGCUGGCCAAGAUGAGCAACAGCCAGGUGGGCGACCUGGGCAGUGGCGCCGGCAAGGGAGGCGGCGGCGGUGGCUCCAUCCGCGAGGCUGGAGGCGCCUUUGGCAAGCUGGAGGCUGCCCGCGAGGAGGAGUACUUCUACAAGAAGCAAAGGGAGCAGCUGGAUCGCCUGAAGAACGACCAGAUCCACCAGGCUGAGUUCCAUCAUCAGCAAAUCAAGGAGCACGAGGAGGCCAUUCAGCGCCACAAGGAGUUCCUCAACAACCUGCACAAGUGAGCGGUGAUCCGAAGGGAGAAAGUGACCACGCUGAUGCGUUAACUCGAGACAUUUACUUAAAUGCAUUUCACUCUCUUUUGUAUUUCCCCAAGUGCACCCCUGAUAUAUACUAUACUGUACUACCCAUAGCUCAAAAAAUGUUGAAUGUAUUUGCAAACCGCAUCAAUAAAACACCCAUAUUUUGAUGGCUUUAAUUGAACAUAAA